GAGGCCUGCGCGAGGCGCGGCUGGGCACCGCCAUUUUGGCCGGAGGCCGUAGGAACACGUUGUGGACCGGAGAAGUGACAGCCAUCGCGGGUUCGGCGUGUGCGUUCCCCGCCUCCGCAAGGGGGUCGUUAUCUCCGAGUAAAAGAGCUGGAUAUUCCUAGCUAGAAUUAUGGCAGAUAAAUUAACAAGAAUUGCUAUUGUCAACCAUGACAAAUGUAAACCUAAGAAAUGUCGGCAAGAAUGCAAAAAGAGUUGCCCUGUGGUUCGAAUGGGAAAACUAUGCAUUGAGGUUACACCCCAGAGCAAAAUAGCUUGGAUUUCUGAAACUCUUUGUAUUGGUUGUGGUAUUUGUAUUAAGAAAUGCCCCUUUGGCGCCUUAUCAAUUGUUAACUUACCAAGCAACUUGGAAAAAGAAACAACACAUCGAUAUUGUGCCAAUGCCUUCAAACUUCACAGGUUACCUAUCCCUCGUCCAGGUGAAGUUUUGGGAUUAGUUGGAACUAAUGGUAUUGGGAAGUCAACCGCUUUAAAAAUUUUAGCAGGAAAGCAAAAGCCAAACCUCGGAAAGUAUGAUGAUCCACCAGAUUGGCAAGAAAUUUUGACUUACUUCCGUGGAUCUGAAUUGCAAAAUUACUUUACCAAGAUUCUAGAAGAUGACCUCAAAGCUAUUAUCAAGCCUCAGUAUGUAGACCAGAUUCCUAAAGCUGCAAAGGGGACAGUGGGUUCUAUUUUGGACCGAAAGGAUGAAACAAAGACACAAACAAUUGUAUGUCAACAGCUUGAUUUAACCCAUCUAAAAGAACGAAAUGUGGAAGAUCUUUCAGGAGGAGAGUUGCAGAGAUUUGCUUGUGCUGUCGUUUGCAUACAGAAAGCUGACAUUUUCAUGUUUGAUGAACCUUCUAGUUACCUAGAUGUGAAGCAGCGUUUAAAGGCUGCUAUUACUAUCCGAUCCCUAAUAAAUCCAGAUAGAUAUAUCAUUGUGGUGGAACAUGAUCUAAGUGUAUUAGAUUAUCUCUCUGACUUCAUCUGCUGUUUAUAUGGCGUACCAAGUGCAUACGGUGUUGUCACUAUGCCUUUUAGUGUAAGAGAAGGCAUAAACAUUUUUUUGGAUGGUUACGUUCCAACAGAAAAUUUGAGAUUCAGAGAUGCAUCACUUGUUUUUAAAGUGGCUGAGACAGCAAAUGAAGAAGAAGUGAAAAAAAUGUGUAUGUAUAAAUAUCCCGGAAUGAGAAAAAAGAUGGGAGAGUUUGAGCUAGCAAUUGUAGCUGGAGAGUUUACAGAUUCUGAAAUCAUGGUGAUGUUGGGGGAAAAUGGUACCGGUAAAACGACAUUUAUCAGAAUGCUUGCUGGAAGACUGAAACCUGACGAAGGAGGAGAAGUACCAGUUCUAAACGUCAGUUAUAAGCCACAGAAAAUCAGUCCCAAGUCAACUGGAAGUGUUCGACAAUUACUACAUGAAAAGAUACGAGAUGCUUACACUCAUCCACAAUUUGUGACUGAUGUAAUGAAGCCUCUGCAAAUUGAAAACAUCAUCGAUCAAGAGGUACAGACAUUAUCUGGUGGUGAACUGCAGCGAGUAGCUUUAGCUCUUUGUUUGGGCAAACCUGCUGAUGUCUAUUUAAUUGAUGAACCAUCUGCAUAUUUGGACUCUGAACAAAGAUUGAUGGCAGCUCGAGUUAUCAAACGCUUCAUACUCCAUGCUAAGAAGACAGCCUUUGUUGUAGAACAUGACUUCAUCAUGGCCACCUAUCUAGCAGAUCGAGUCAUUGUUUUUGAUGGUGUUCCAUCUAAGAACACAGUUGCAAACAGUCCUCAAACCCUUUUGGCUGGGAUGAAUAAAUUUUUAUCUCAACUUGAAAUUACAUUCAGAAGAGAUCCAAACAACUAUAGGCCAAGAAUAAACAAACUCAAUUCCAUUAAGGAUGUAGAACAAAAGAAGAGUGGAAACUACUUUUUCUUGGAUGAUUAGACUGAAUCUGACAAUAUCGAUAAACCAUUUAUGAAGAUAAACAUUGGGAUUUUGUCAUAUAAAACUUAAAUCAGGUUUAAUGCCCCACUCCCAAGCCUGAAGUAGAAUUUGCUGAUUGUAACAUAAGCCAGUUGUGUUGUAAAUUGUAGUCUGAACCACAAAAAAAAAAAAAGACGACUUUUCUGUUCUUGAUAAGGCCCUUUUUGCCUCUAACAUUCUAAAAUGAACACAUUUCAAGCUACAUUAAUUACCUCCAAACUUUCAUGAUGUAGAGGAAGAUUUUUCAGUAGACGUGCUACUAUAUUCAUGUACCAAAUGCUGACCAGUGUUGCCCCCUUUUAAAAGUCUU